AGAGCAUCCUUCCCCCUUCCCGUAAAUAAGCUCUCCCCUCCAUUCUUGACUCCGGUUUAAAGCUCGGACUCUCUGAGGAAAAGGACUUCGCCACAAGAUGGCACUGACCUGCAGACAAAGGAAAUAGCGGUAGCAUUGACUUUUAAAACAGGCUUGUAAAUGCGCCUUCCUUGAGUCAAGGACUAGUGGGGUGAGAGCUCGGUGCGUACGGGUCUGACAGCUCGCCUUACGGCUUCCGUUUAACUCCUUUUCUUUCCAGAAUUCCUAGGCAACGCACCUCCAAGGUUUUGAGCAGGAGAAAUACCAACAGAUCUUUUCUCCCUUCAGUGACACUCGUCCCGAACAGACGGAUUCUUUAAAAGUGAGAUGCAAAUUCUUUCUGCAGGAAAAUACUGCUACUUUCCUGACCUUUACUCUUUCUCAGAGAUCUACUAAGAGUACUCUCAGCUCAUGGGAAUGAAGAACUGAGAAUUAUUUUGGUGGAUGGAUUCAAAUAUAUGGAAUAAAAGUAAGCUGAAGAUUAGACCAGUUUUGGAGGAACCAUAACUCUCCAUUUGUCUAGUCGGUAACAACAAAACGUAAAAAAUGAAUUCCACUCUGUUCUCCCGGGUUGAAAAUCACUCAGCUCACUAUAAUGCCUCGGAGAAUUCUCCACUCCUGGCUUUUGAAAAUGAUGACUGCCACCUGCCCUUGGCUGUGAUAUUCACCUUGGCUCUUGCUUACGGGGCGGUGAUUAUUCUCGGGGUCUCUGGAAACCUGGCUUUGAUCAUAAUCAUCCUGAAACAGAAAGAAAUGAGAAAUGUCACCAACAUUCUGAUCGUGAACCUCUCCUUCUCAGACUUGCUGGUGGCGGUCAUGUGUCUCCCGUUCACUUUCGUAUACACGCUGAUGGACCACUGGGUCUUCGGGGAGACCAUGUGUAAACUGAAUCCCUUUGUACAAUGUGUCUCCAUCACAGUGUCCAUUUUCUCGCUGGUUCUCAUUGCUGUGGAACGCCAUCAGCUAAUCAUCAACCCAAGAGGGUGGAGACCAAGCAAUAGGCAUGCUUACAUAGGGAUUACUGUCAUUUGGGUCCUGGCAGUGGCUUCCUCUCUGCCCUUUGUGAUUUAUCAAGUUCUGACUGACGAGCCUUUCCAAAAUGUAUCACUUGCCGCAUUCAAGGACAAGUAUGUGUGCUUUGACAAAUUUCCGUCAGACUCUCACAGGCUGUCUUACACGACUCUCCUUCUGGUGCUGCAGUAUUUCGGCCCACUCUGCUUCAUAUUCAUAUGCUACUUCAAGAUAUACAUUCGCUUGAAAAGGAGAAACAACAUGAUGGACAAGAUCAGGGACAGUAAGUACAGGUCCAGUGAGACCAAACGAAUCAAUAUCAUGUUGCUCUCCAUUGUGGUCGCCUUCGCGGUCUGCUGGCUGCCCCUUACCAUCUUCAACACUGUGUUCGACUGGAACCACCAGAUCAUUGCCACUUGCAACCACAAUCUGCUGUUUCUGCUCUGCCACCUCACGGCCAUGAUCUCCACCUGUGUCAACCCCAUCUUUUAUGGAUUCCUGAACAAAAACUUCCAGAGAGACUUGCAGUUCUUUUUCAACUUUUGUGACUUCAGGUCUCGAGAUGAUGACUAUGAGACCAUAGCCAUGUCUACCAUGCAUACCGACGUGUCCAAGACUUCUCUGAAGCAGGCAAGCCCAGUCGCAUUUAAAAAAAUCAGUAUGAAUGACAAUGAAAAAGUCUGAAGCUGCUCAGAACAUACGGUCCCAGGCUCUAUCUGUGGAAAGACAAGCACAGACUACUGCACGCUCUCUUUCUUUACCUGUGCUCCCAGGGAACGGAAUGAAGCAGGGUUGGAAAGUCCGGGACAUCCUGGGUUGGGUUUUACUGCUUUUGUCACGGUUGCCAUGAUUACUUGGAAAUCUAGAUUACUUUGUAAUCUAUCUCUGGUAACAGUUUUGACUAGACUGCCUCUGUGUGUGUGUGUGUGUGUGUGUGUGUGUGUGUGUGUGUGUGUGUGGUGUGUGUGUGUGUCUGUCUGUCUGUCUGUCUGUCUCUGCCUGCCUGUCUGUCUUUGUGAGCUUGAAAUUAUGCAUAUGACAAGGCGUUUUAUAUUGUAUUUAUUGGAGUGAAUUUCUCUGUAGUAGUGUCAUGAGCUCACUUCAAAAGCAGUACCCACUGGAUAUUGUCAAGAUACUGGAUUUUCAAGAUCAGAUGAGAUUUCCAAGACCUUGGACUACUUUCGAUCCCUGCUAGGCAUCAUCUUAAGUCUGUUACAAGGGUAACAGUAUACAAAAGUCACCUUUUAGAAUGUGCGGGAGCCAAAAGAGAGUCUGAAGUCAUUUAGCAGCAUCUUUUUUUCUCCCUCCCUCUCUCUCUCUCUCUCUCUCUCUCUCUCUCUCUCUCUCUCUCUCUUUGAGAGGGACUGGACUUGUUACUCCUAAUUGACUCUUGGUAAAGAUAAAGAUAAGUAAAGAACACGUUUUUUCAGCUGUGAAUAUCACCGGGAGGUAGGCCACCCACAAGAAUGAAGUGGCAAAGCGGGUCGCUAAUUUCAAAAUUCCUCUGACAACCAAAGCAUUUCAGGGUAAUUAGUUUAAUAUGUAAACUAGUCUUGCUGCAGAUAGGUAAAUUGCACCCAAAGGACUUGAUCAUUGAAAGGUUUUGCAUCGUUCAUAAGCAUAAGAGUGUUGAGCUCUAUCAAACUUUCUGGCACAAGCAUGUGACUCAGAACAUUUCUAACUCAUACUGUAUAGAAACAUAAGAUGUGUUUUCCAUACAGCAGUGCCUGCAUAGUAACUAGUGUUUAACUCUCACCAUUUCCCCUUCCUGGCAAAGGACACAGGGACAAUGUUAAUGUAUCUACCCUUUAGCUAACAGGUAUCUCUACCUAAAACUUUCAUGUAGCCAGCUCAUCCUAACUUGUAUAAACUGUAUAACUUGUGGAGUUUUAUAAUCAUAUACUAUUAUGUCAUAGAGUACUGAGUAGCCCUGUCAUAUUAACAUAUUUACUUCCAUGUAUCUUGUAAUUACGAUUUAGCCUCAGAAAAGAUCCUUUGAAGAACAAGACAGUUUCAAUGUUGCCUGUGAGUGAUUUUUAGAAGGGCAAACACUUUCUGUAUUAAAACUGUUUGAGCUUUUCAGAGGAGUCUGUUCUGUGUUUCUCUUGAGCUUCAUUUCUUCCUGUCUCAAGACUUGCCUUCCAUGAUAUGAUAUCUUCACCAUACCCAUUACCAAUUUGCUGGAGAGUUACUGUUUAUUCUGUAACCACUGGGGGCUGGUACACUUUACUUUUCUAGAUUUGAGAGCUUCUUAAGGCAGAGACUAUAAUAAUGAUAGACCCACAGAUUAUUUCUCACAGCAACAAGUAAUUAAAACAUUAUGUGUUUUAAAUGUGUUUCAGGGACUGAGGAGAUGGUCCAGAAGAUAAAAAACUUGCUGUACAAGCAUGUUGGCCUGGGGUUGGAUCCCUAGUCCCAUAUACGUAACUACUGGGUUGGUGUAAUCCUACUGUUCCAGGGAGGAGGAGACCAAAGAUUCUUAAGGCAAGCUGCUUAGCUAGAUUAACUGAUCCAGCCUGCUCUGGGUUCAGUGAAAUGAAAAGCAACUAGGAAAGACUCAACAUCAGCCUUUGGUCUAUAAAGACACAAACACAUGCA